AAGAGGAGGAGGUGAAAGUCUGAAUAAGAAAGCAGCUCCUCCCGCUUCCUCGAGCUGCCUGCAGACCGGACAGCAGCAGCAGAAAAGCACCCAUCAGCAUAAAAAUCACGUCUUUAUUUGGAUUUAACUCGCCGUGACUAACCGAGACUUCACCGGAGCACCGACAGCGCUGCCGUGACUUCAGAGUCCCGUCUCUGAACAGAACCCUCCUGACCGGACCGACAUGCUCUCCCCAGGACUCUCUGUGUCUCUGCUGGCCGUGUCCUGCGCGCUGUGGCCGGCUGCAGUCCGCGCGGCGUCCUGCGAGCCGGUGCGGAUCCCGCUGUGCCGGUCCAUGCCGUGGAACAUGACCAAGAUGCCCAACCACCUCCACCACAGCACGCAGGACAACGCGGUGCUGGCCAUCGAGCAGUUUGAAGGGCUGCUGGGUACUGGCUGCAGUCCGGAUUUGCUCUUCUUCCUGUGUGCCAUGUAUGCUCCCAUCUGCACCAUCGACUUCCAGCAUGAGCCCAUCAAACCCUGUAAGGCUGUGUGCGAGCGUGCAAAGAUCGGCUGUGAGCCGGUGAUGAAGCGCUACAACCACAGCUGGCCCGACAGCCUGGCCUGCAACGAGCUGCCACUGUACGACCGCGGAGUCUGCAUCUCACCUGAGGCCAUCGUCAAGGCAGAGGGACCAGAUCCAUACUACCAGGACCCAACCAGGUGUAACCCAGAAUCCAGUCCAGACUUUCCCAUGGACUCCAACAACCUCCACUGCAGAGGACCCAAUGGAGAUCGCUGUAGAUGUAAGGUGGUCAAAAUGGGUUUGAAAACCUACCUGAAGAACAACUACAACUAUGUGAUCAGGGCGAGGGUGAGGGAGGUGAGGAAUCGUGGUCUGGAGCCUACAGCAGUGGUGGAGGUGAAGGAGGUGCUCAAGUCUUCUCUGGUCAACAUUCCCAAGGAGACGCAGACACUCUACUACUCUUCCUCCUGUCUGUGUCCUACUCUUUCUCCCGGGGAGGAGUACCUCAUUAUGGGCUACGAGAAUGAGGAGACAUCCAGGUUGCUCCUGAUUGACGGCUCCAUUGCUCAAAAGUGGAGGGACAAAAUGGCCAGGAAGGUCAAGAGGUGGGAUCUGAUCCUGCAGGGGAAAGGCCGACAAGGUCCGCGCCGGAGUCGCCACUGAGAUCUGACUGCGUGUGUGUGUGUUUGAGUGUGUGGUCUGUCAUAGGCUACUUUCGGACUAAUUUCAGACUAAAGACCAGUUAAUUGGGGACAGCUUGUCCAGUUGGAGACAAAAGCCGUGCCCCCAAUUGGGAAAAAGCUGAUUUUUGGGUCAGUCGUUAAGGUUAGGGUAAGAGUUAGGGUUAGGCAAGUAGUGGUUAUAGUUAGGAUUAGGCUAAGUUUCCAGGAAAUUAAUGUAAGUCUAUGUAAUGUCCCCAGAAGUGACCUAGGACAGUGUAUGUGUGUGUGCGUGCGUGCGCGUGUGCAUGUGCAUGUGCGGGUGCGUGUGUGUGUGUGUGUGUGUGUGUGUGUGUGUGUAGAUAUUGCACUAUCACAAGCUGUUGUAGCUGAAUGUAGUUCAUCUCUUCAUAUAUCAGACUGGUUAGAGCCUGAUUUUUGCCAUUUAUUAUCUUUGCACAAACAUAAUUUAGUGUGCGUUUAGUGUGUGCGUUUGUCAGUGUGUGUGUUUGUCAGUGUGUGUGUGUGUGUGUGCGUGUGUGCGUGUUGUGUUGUGUUGGUGUGUGUACACCUUAAGCACUCAAUAAAGACAAGAGAGAGGGUGGAGCUUCUAAACUGUAGUACUAAACCUACACACAGCCAUACAGUAUGUACAUGACACUUUUUUGGAACAAAUUUGUUUUCAGUGUUGGCCACGUUGGCUCCACAGCUCCUCUCCAUGGUUACAGUAUCUAUUAAUCCUGAAUGUUGGCCAUGUUGUCAUGUUAAUUUGUUGGAGGACAUUUAAAUGACCAUGAAAACCAUUUGGAUUUUGACAUUUGGACUACGAUAGAUCUGUAGCCACCUGAACUUUACAGAACUCCACAGAAGAGGAAAGAAUAUUCAUGCUUUGUUCAGACAGCAUCAAGACCAACAGCAACAACAGUAACAACAGCAGCAGCAGCAGAAUAUGGGCAGACAGAGAGUUGACUUACUUCUUCAGUAUUGGUGGAUCCAGCGCCUCCUCUGGUCUCAAUGUCUGACGACAACAGAAAACAACUAAUGUCUGUGUUACAAACUAUUUUCCAUCAAUCACAAAUUGCUGGACACAAAUUCAGUAUACUGUGGGAGGAGUGUGGAGUGUGCCACUGGAAUAAUUAGACUUUUUGUGUUUGGGUACGAUCAAUCAUUAAGUUGAUCAAUUUAAAAAAGUAAAAUUUAAACAUUUUGUUGCUGCUCUGUGGAUUGGACCAAAAUUUCAAAUGCGAAACAAAAUGUUGAAUUGAAUAUGAUAGAUUGUUAUAUAUACUUGAAAAUUAAAUAAAACAUUUUAAAAGUUAUUAAUUAUCAAUUUUGAAAUUGCAUUUUAAAAUUAUUUAAUCAUUUAAAACAAUAGGAAAAGAAUUAUUAACUAACAAAUCAAAUGAUUUUUUAAAAUCAUCAUUUAAAUGGAAAAUGUAUUAAGUUAGAACACUGGCACACUCCAGACACCAUAUAAACACAUAUAUUUUGCUAUUUUGAUGUGAUAUCUUUCCUGUUGGAUAUUGGGGAGGGAUAUAAUGGUGGUGGAAAAGGUACGGUCACAUUACUCUUCUAUACUAUGAAUAUUCGCUCUGACUCCCAUUCACUUCUGUUGAAAUCUACACAAAAUUAAGGAUGCAUUUCCUGUUUUGGUAUAAUCUCCUGCUAGUUCCGGCAGACUUGCAGUUCAGAGUUCAUCUUUGGUUGUGAGUUUUUGGUGAUGGUCAGCCAAAAUAGUAACCACGCUGAUCAGUAUUAUUACCCGCAUUGUAUCCGUGACAUCAACUCCAACAGAAGACUAAUGUGACGGUACCAUAACACUACGUGAAGACCCACUGGAAACAAGAAAAUCCAGUGACACUGCCUUUUUCAUUACCUGCAUGUUGCUAUGGGCAUGUCAACGUUGGGAAGCAUAUUAAGUAUUGUGGCAUGCAUUGUGUAAAUAUGCAACCUAGCACUUUCUCCAACAAUUUUAUGAUAUAUCAUACAAAAAAGGAAUUCCAGAAACUGCAAUAUGAUCUCAACACCAAGUGCAAUGUACAUUGGCCAUGCCUUGAUAUGCAUUGCACACACCUACAGACAGAAGGUGUAGUCGAGGUAUGGUAUAUGGGAUAUGAUAUUUGGGGAGUGAAUGUUAUACAAUUACUGAUGUAUAGUGCCUCGUCAAGACGCUGCCUAUGUGGGGGCUUACAUUGAAAAUAAUAGGUAUGAACGUUUUGACCUGACUUCCCUUUUUCUUUGUCGGUGACAUGUCAAAGUGAAGUUUGCCUCAUUUGCAAUUGAUUGCAAACCUGAUUUAACCCUCUCUUCUCUUGUGUCAUGGCUCAGUCCCACCACUUUGUAGAAUAGGAAUUUUUUUAAUGGGAUGAGAUUCACUUUCAUUCUAUAGAAAAUGAAUGCAAGCAGAAAUCUUUUUUCACACUGCAGCAGCUGGUCUUCACCGUUACAAAUGAGCUCUGAGAACUGUCCAACAAGCUCUGUUAUCAGGAAGAAACCAGGCGAGACAUUCAUAAUGAAUACAAAGAAGUUAUUUAGAAGGGAUUUUCACAGCAGACAUUUUGACUUGUCAUAAAAGGAAAGGCACAGGUGUUACUAAUAACAGUGUGACAGUGAGCCAGCAUGCACAUUAGCAAGUCCGAGAAACCAAAGCAGUUGAUAGAAUUCAGUCAUUUUAUUAUUUACAUCUGUGCUUUUCCCACCUUGACAUGUCUUCUGUGAAAAAUGCCUUAUAGCAAGUCCUUUUACAUUUCAUUGCAACUUUAAAAAGCAGACUGGAGUUCCUGCUGUCUGAGCAUUUGCCUCGGAUAAACAAACAGUACUCUCAUUAUUGCACAGUAACUCUGUUCAUGUAAAUACACUAAUACUCAAUGCUACCCUACUCUUAUCAGUAAACUAUACUAACACUCCGAUAUUUUGAACUCUGGACCCUUCACAGUAGUUUGAACCAUUAAACAUGAAUUUAGACAACAUGAUCAAAGUUAAAAUCUGUGGGUGUUUGUCUCUGGAUGGUCAAAGGUCAACAGUCUCACUGUCAAGGCUGGUUCCAACCAUGAAAUGGGACCCAAUUGUGCUUACCUUCCUUUACCGUUAGACCAUAAAAACUGCAACCGAUGUAAAAUAUCCAGAAAACAACUUUGUAAUACAGUGUGCCAAGACAACUGGUUGCACUUAAGGGAAACUCUUGAGGGACCACUACAGCGUUGUCAGAUCAGCUGUGAUAUACUGCCCGAUUAAAAAUUUCCUUAAAGGCAGCAAAAGCCACAUAAACAAUAAUGAUGUGAUUACUGAUGUAAACAGCUGGCUGCUAAGCCCUUUAAUCAGUUAUUAUAUUAUUAUAUACUACCUAUGUAGUUUUCUAUCAAGUACAACUUGAACAUGCAACAAACUGACUUGAAGAUAGCAGAGGUGGAAAAUACAAAUCAAUUUGAUUUGAAAAGUUUAGUUCAGUUUAAAGAUUGAUAGUUUACUUUUUCCUGAGCUAAGCAAUCACAUUACCAUUCCAAUGCACUUCAGUACUUAUAUCAGCAAAUGAGCAUAUUACAGUUUGUAACACCCCGAAGUUUCACACAAAUUCAGACUCCAUGUGCAAGGGAAACAAUGGAAGUCACGCGUGAGUACUUUGCAAAAUAUUUUUUGGCAUUCUGCUUAGUUUUCGAGUCUCAAAGCUGUGCAGUGUGUUCCUAUAGGUUAAAAUAUUAAAAGUCAUGGACAUGAUGGCAUGUAAAACCUUUAGGUCUGUAUGUCACUUUCACAUUCAACAAGUCUGGUGUUCACCCUUUUUGAGAAGGAAUCUCAAAAAUGCCAUUGAAUCUAACCACAAUAGACUUAAUUUUCCUGCAAUACUUUUCAUAUUAUAAUCUUCAGUAUAAUUACAGAUUAUUAGUAAUUACAACAUGACUGUAAAUGUAGGCCUACUCUUGUUGUUGAAUUAACUCAAUAUUGAAAUCCAAAUGUCGCUGCACACUCCAAGAUCAGAUGCUAACAGAUAUAAAAUAAAUUUUUCUGCAGCUGUCAUCAUGGUGAAUGCAAGUAGCUUGCUGCUGAUGUGCUGGUUAUCCCAAAGUCUUUUGUCAUCUAAAUUCGAGAGGUUUCUGUGACAAUUUGCUCAAAUCUACUUCACCAAUCUAACAUAUACCUCAACACGCCAGGUGUGUAUUUGCUCAUUUUUGCAGUCACAUUCCAACUAUUGUCCAACUACUUUUGCUUGUUUACAACUACACCUGCCAGCAGCAUGUUACAAAGUCUUAAUUUAGUUUAAUACUGUAUUUCAUUCAAUAAACUUACCUGUCUUCUUCUGUAGUCACAUCA